UUCCUGUUUACGUUCCCACAAAUGACGUCACGUGGUUAACGUUUAGCAAAUAGUUUCAAAACCGAAACAAUACAUAACUUGAGAGCACCACUGUAGUUUUGAUACGGCUGCGUCAUAUAGCCUUUGUUGUUUCUUGCGCCGGAGAGAGUGGAAGAAGUGCGGUUUCACCUGUCCUGCUCCGUAGUUAAGGACCUGAAGAAAGCUAGCCGGGGUGCUAAAGUGAAGCUAUAGCUUGCUAGCGAGUUAGCUAAAGAAAGCCAUCAGCACUUCAGCAUCUUACUGAGUCGUCACCGUCUGUGUCAGCAUGGAGAACCAAUAUAACCUCAAGAGUCCAGCGGUGAAGAGGCUGAUGAAAGAGGCUGCUGAACUGAGGGAUCCCACAGAGCACUACCACGCCCAGCCACUGGAAGAUAACCUAUUUGAAUGGCACUUUUCCGUACGCGGGCCUCCCGAUUCCGAUUUCGACGGAGGCGUAUACCACGGCAGGAUCGUUCUGCCCCCGGAAUAUCCCAUGAAGCCCCCCAGCAUCAUCCUCCUCACACCAAAUGGAAGAUUCGAAGUUGGAAAGAAGAUUUGUCUGAGCAUCUCUGGCCACCAUCCAGAGACCUGGCAGCCGUCCUGGAGCAUCCGGACUGCCCUAAUAGCUAUAAUCGGAUUCAUGCCAACAAAAGGAGAGGGGGCCAUAGGAUCUCUUGAUUAUACCCCAGAAGAAAGGAGGACCCUGGCCAAAAAGUCCCAGGACUUCUGCUGUGAGGCGUGUGGCUGCUCCAUGCGCACUGCCCUCCAGGACCUGACCCCCAACAGCCAACCCAGUGCAGAGGACUACAAGGCCAAAGAACUGGCUCAGCAAAUUAAUUUUAAGGCAGAGUCCACUUCAUCCAGACAGGCUAGUGAGAGUGGAGGUGCUGAAAGCAAGCCUCCCACACUCACAGAGGAAAACGCCUCCACGUCUGCCGGACAGGAAGCUGUUGACUGGCCUCAGGCUGAACAGCCGGAAGUGUCUCCAUCCGCUCGAAUAGAAGAAUCACAGCCCAACGCUGCCCCCGGCACCGGACGCCCUCUCAGUCCACGACAGCGACGCAACCAGCAGCACAACCAUCAGGGACAGAGAGAGAUCAGAGAUGCAGCCAGCAGGCCGACCUUCGCCGCUGCCCCUCGUCAGCCUCAGGAGGGAAGCCACGCGGGCUCAGCCGUCCUCAUCGUCGUGCUCACCUUGGCAUUAGCUGCUCUCAUCUUCCGCAGGAUCUACCUGGCUCAAGAGUACAAGUUUGACUAUGACCUGUGACCACACACACACACACACACACACACUCGCUCUUACACACACGCACACACUAGGCCACCUCCUCCUCCCCCUCCUCCUCCUCCUCCUCCUCACUCCCUGAUCAGCCUCUCCUGACCCUCAUCCCAACUGAACUCUGACCAGCUGAAGUGGAAGCAGAGCUGAGGCAGUGGCUGACACUGUUAAACCAGGACCUUUCAUUCCUGCAGGGGGGGGGGGGGCAUUCCACUCCCCACCAACACCUCGAGGGUGUCUUUUAAUCAAUGUGAAUUUUACUCUCCAGAGUGUCGUGCAUUUUUUUUUUUAAGAACGGGAGGCUUUGUUGUUAGUCAUCAGCUCAGCGAUGUCCCCGUCUGUGUAAUUGUCUUUCCUGAGGCUGCCACUUAUUCCCUGUAUUUAAUUAAAACUGUAAUAUAAUAUGCCAACAACAAGGAAGUACGGGGGGUGGGGGGGGGGUAUUUGAUCAUGUUCUUAAAUGGUAUCUUCUUUAUAUGCGCUUACUUUCUUUUAGGUACACACACGGAACGGAAAAUUUGAAUUACGACUUAAACCGGACUUUUAAAUGUUAGCCUGACUGAAAACUGUACUAAAACAUUUUUAGUCGCGCUAACGCACCACGUCAAAUUACUACUACAUGUACGGAAUGCUGGUGGAGGGCACUACACAGUGCCCGACUCCAGGUUCUGACCCGGAAAUAAACGACGGUCCACACCAGAAGACGACCGCGAGAAAAACAUCCCGAGCGUUUAUUUUUGGACUGACAAGGAGACUGAAUUUAUGCUGUCUCAGCUUAAAGACUUAAAGUCAGCUAUAACUGUUUUUGUCUGUGACGUCAUAGGCGAACCAGAAGAUGCCUAAAACUAAGAAGCUGAAAGGAGGCAUAGCGCCACCUAGUGUAGCAGAGGCAGCAACAUUUAAUUCAUUAAAUCCACUCCCUGCUCAUGCUUGUAUACUGACACCUGACACAGGGACUGUAGUUCACUUAAAGCAUAAAUGGUGCGUUCCAUGUGUAGUCAGAAGUCUGAAUUUUCCGCAGCUUAUUUGUCCCUUUAGAAUCACUUCUGUCGUAUUUGUUUCACAGUAAAUCAGUCGUACACAUAGUUCUGUUUCAGUUUUAACCGUAGACGUGUUGCUACGCUGUUUGCGUGAGCAAGGAAUGUGGUGAACUGCAGGGUGACGUCACUCCCGGUUACAACUUCCGAGUUCCGAUGUAAACGGAACAUAAAUCCAACAUAAAUCCGCCCAAUGCCUGGAUUAAAAAAAAAAACAAGAAGUGGACAGGGAGCCGUGAGUGACGGGGUUAAACCUGUGGUAAUACUGCGCAUUACCCUGGUAUACUCACGUGUCAGGGUCCUGUAGUAUCCCACGGUACAAGUCUGGAUGCAUUCCUACCAAAGAAGAAGAGAACAAUGAUGCAGCUUCCUUGGACACGUGGUUCAAGCAUUGGGUCCAUGUGUGCCUGCUGUGCACAGAAGUAUACCAGGGCCUUUAGAGAAGGAGAGGUGAUGGUCAGCUGUGCAACGUAGAGGCGACAUGUGGCCACGUGUGCCUUUAGCCGUCAUUCAUAGAUGUUUUGAGUGUGAUAGCGUUCUUUCCCGUAAAGUUAGCGGCUGAAAGGUUGUUUGAUGUCGACAGAUUUUCUUUCCUUGACUUUGACUGAGCAGGAGCUGGUUUUUAUUAUGACACGUUGGCCAGAAGAAGAUGGUUAGUGAGGAUUUGAAUGCGAUAGCUGGUGUUUGGCAUGAGAGACAUUAGAUACACACAUAUACUGUAUAUAUAAUUGAAACACUUUCAGGAUUUGGACCAGGAUCAAUAAAGAAAAUGACUAGAUCUCCAUAUCCACUGGUUUUCACCUGGAAAAAAGGUGUUUUAGGGUUUAAGUCACGCUUUUAACAGUGAAGUCGAGCUGCAGCUCUUGCUAUUUCGGUUCAUUUGGUCCUAGCUUGUUAUGAUAUAUAUACUAAUCCUCCCGUGCUGUGUCUCACCUUGUAAAGAGGUCACGUCGUAGGUGGUUUCACGGCGCUGUGCGUUUCAAGGACAGAGCGACAAAAGCUUCCCCGUCCUUUUGUCGGACAGUGAAUGAAAGGAUGAUGAGGUCUGCUGAUCUGUGUGCUGACCUGACGACACACGGUCAGUGUCACUCUGCCUUUAAAUGUCACCGGGAUUGUACUGAUCAGAAGAAAGCAGCUGUGGGUAACAUACAGUACUGUCAGACCUGGGCCACCCUGGAUGUGUGUCAGAUUAUCUUUUCACUGAGGCACCCGUGUUAUCAGAUUAGAGCAGCCACACUGCCUGUGAGUGAACCCCCCCCCCCC